UCAAGGAUCUGUGAACGGGAGAACUGUCAGAAACCAAGACAGUGAGGAGCAGGUCAGCCACUGCCAUGGCUUCAGGAAUCCUGAUGAACAUACAAGAGGAAGUGACCUGCCCCAUUUGCCUGGAGCUUCUGACAGAACCCCGGAGCCUUGACUGUGGCCACACCUUCUGUCAAGCCUGUAUCACUGCAAACAACGAGGAAUCCAUAGUUGGCCAAGAGGGGCAGAAAAGCUGCCCUGUCUGCAGAGUUAGUUUUGAGCCUGGGAACCUGCGGCCUAACAGGCAUGUGGCCAAUAUAGUGCAGAGGCUCCAAGCGGUUAAGGUGAGCCCAGACGUGGAGCAAGAGAGAAAUCUCUGUGCUCACCAUGGAGAGAAGCUCCAGCUCUUCUGUGAGCAGGAUGAGAAGGUCAUUUGUUGGCUUUGCGAGCGAUCUCAGGAGCACCGAGGUCACAACACAUUCCUCAUGGAGGAGAUUGCACCACACUACCAGAAAAUGCUCCAAUCAUGUCUGCAGAGGCUGAAGGGGAAAAAACAGGAAGCUGAGGAGUUGGAAAUUAAAGUCAGAGAAGAGAUGUCUACUUGGAAGACUCAAAUACAAACUGAGAUACAAAGUGUCCAGGGAGAGUUUACACAACUAAGACAAAUCCUGGACAGUGAGGAGGCGAAGGAACUGAGAAAACUGCAGGAUGAAUUGGGGGUUAUUCUCAAAGAGCUGGCAGAAUCUGAAAAUGAUCUGGUCCAAGAGAAGCUGUUGGUGAACAACCUCAUCUCAGAUGUGGAGCACCAUUUGCAGGGAUCAACAAUGGAGCUGCUGCAGGAUGUGAAUGUUAUCCUGAAAAGGAGUGAAAUCGUGGCUCUGAAAGAGCCAAAAACUUUCCCCAAGGAACAGAGGAGAUUGUUUCGAGCUCCUGAUCUGAGAGAGAUACUGCGUGUGUUUAAUGAGCUGACAGAUAUGCAACAAUACUGGGGUAAAGAGACAUCACCGUAUAAUCAAGACACCCUGUUCUCAUCAUCUUUUAGAAUUUUUCAUUUUCUAGUAGGUCUCAUGUUUUAAGCCAUGUUUUCCCUCCCAACACAUGCAAACAUAUUACUUUUCCAGUCAAGUCAUUCUAAAGAUCCCUUUCAAAAUAUCACAAGAAAACUACAUCAUUACCCUAACCCAA